GGUUGUUGCUAGCAACCAGACGCCUACCGGGCUGUCAAGUUGUUGUUUUCAUGCUCUGCAGUCAUUGAUCCUGAGGUCUGUGCAGGUUGAUAGCUGCCAGAGACAUCGGAAGAACUGUGGCAUGGCAAUCCGAAAGACAGUCAAAGGAACUGCUGUCAUAGCAAGUGGAGGCUUGGUAGCCUUUUAUGGCCUUACACAGCUGACCGAAUACAGAAAAAAACAGUAUGAAUUGGCCCGACUAUCGCGCGUGGAGGCGAUUGAACAGGUGAACAUGGCCUUCCAAGACGAGCUCCCAUCCAGGCAAGCCCAGCUAACGGCCUUACGCAACACCCAGGAGUUUGAUGUUCUCGUUGUAGGGGGAGGAGCCACGGGUUCAGGUUGUGCCUUAGACGCUGUGACACGGAAUCUAAAAACUGCCCUGGUGGAGCGAGACGAUUUCUCAUCUGGGACCAGCAGCCGGAGCACCAAACUCAUUCACGGAGGAGUCCGAUAUCUACAGAAAGCCAUUGUAAAAUUAGAUUACGAACAGUAUAUGAUGGUGAAGGAAGCACUACAUGAGCGUUCCAACCUCCUGGAUAUCGCCCCUCAUCUGACUGCACUUUUACCCAUCAUGCUCCCCAUAUACAAGUGGUGGCAGCUUCCCUACUACUGGGCAGGGAUCAAGAUGUACGACCUGGUGGCUGGAGCCCAGUGCUUGAAGAGCAGCUACAUCCUCAGCAAGACCAAGGCUCUGGAGCUCUUUCCUAUGUUGAAGAGAGACAAACUGGUCGGAGCCAUUGUCUACUAUGAUGGACAACACAACGAUGCUCGAAUGAACCUCGCCAUCGCCCUCACUGCUGCCAGGUAUGGGGCUGCCAUAGCCAAUUACACUGAAGUGGUGCACCUCCUGAAGAGGGUAGAUCCUCAGAUGGGCACGGAGAGGGUCUGUGGAGCACGCUGCAGGGACGUGAUCACAGGGCAGGAAUUUGAUGUCAGAGCCAAAUGUGUUAUCAAUGCCACGGGACCUUUUACUGACGCACUGAGGAAAAUGGAUGAUCAGAAGAACCCCAACAUCUGUCAGCCCAGUGCAGGGGUGCACAUCGUCAUCCCGGGCUAUUACAGUCCAGACAACAUGGGGCUCCUGGACCCAGCCACCAGCGACGGACGCGUCAUCUUCUUCCUGCCCUGGGAGAAGAUGACCAUCGCCGGGACCACGGACACGCCCACGGAGAUCACACCGCACCCCAUCCCCAUGGAGGAGGACAUCAACUUCAUCCUCACGGAGGUUCGCAACUACCUCAGCCCCGACGUCGAAGUGAGGAGAGGAGAUGUCUUGGCAGCCUGGAGUGGUAUUCGUCCGCUGGUCACAAACCCCAACUCCAAGGACACUCAGUCAAUCUGCAGGAAUCAUAUUGUCCACAUCAGUGACAGCGGACUGGUCACCAUCGCUGGUGGGAAAUGGACAACAUAUCGCUCCAUGGCGGAGGAGACCCUGGAUGCUGCAGUCAAGGCCCAUAACCUUUCUGCUGGCCCCAGUAAGACAGUGGGCCUGAUGCUAGAGGGAGCUAAAGACUGGACUCCUACCAUGUACAUCCGCCUGGUACAGGACUAUGGCCUGGAAGUGGAGGUGGCCCAACAUCUGGCCUCUUCCUACGGAGGGAGGGCCUACGAGGUCGCCAAAAUGGCCCAUGUCACCGGCAAGAGAUGGCCUAUCGUCGGCAAACGCCUCGUAUCUGAAUUCCCCUACAUUGAGAGUGAGGUCCAGUAUGCCAUCAAAGAGUAUGCGUGCACUGCCAUCGAUGUGAUUGCCAGGCGCACGCGGCUGGGCUUCCUGAACGUGCAAGCGGCCGAGGAGGCCCUCCCACGCAUUGUAGACAUCAUGGGAAAGCAGCUGAUGUGGAGUGAGCAGAGGAAGAGGGAGGAGCUAGCUGCAGCCAAGCAGUUCCUGUACUAUGAGAUGGGCUACAAGGCUCGCUCAGAGCAGCUGACAGACACCUCCGAGAUCACCCUCACUCCUGCUGAGGUGGACAGGUAUAUGAAAAGGUUCCACAAGUUUGACAAAGAAAAUAAGGGAUUCAUCACCACCGUGGAUGUUCAGCGGGUAUUAGAGAGUAUCAAUGUCUAUAUAGAUGCAGACACCCUCCAUGAAAUUCUGAAUGAAGUUGACCUCAAUAAAAAUGGACAAGUGGAAUUUAAUGAAUUCUUGCAGCUGAUGAGUGCUGUGAAGAAGGGCCAGGUGUCGGCCAACCGUCUGGCCAUGCUGAUGAAGACGGCUGAACAGAGCCUGGACCAGACAGAGCCCCUGGAGCAGAGGGACCCCGUCGACCAGAGGGAGCCCGUGUCGGUGGACCGUAGCGGGGGAGGAGUGUGAGACUUAGCCCCCCUGGCCCUGGUACUUAAUAAUGGUACUUCCUCCGAACAAUCCUCGCACACAACCCUGGGGCCAUAUGUAUUACACAUCUCAAGGUAGGAGUGCCAAUUUUGGAUCAGUUUUGCCUUUUAGAUCACAAUAAAUAAGGUUAUAUGGACGGGGGGCCCUGAUCCUACAUCAGCACUCCCACUCAGAGAUGCUUGAUACGUACGGCCCUGCUCCAGCCUGGUUGCCACAGAUCUAUGUGCUUUAAACAACCCUUCUGACUUGUAUGUUGCCAUGGCCAUGUCAUGUGAUAUCAUAUUAUAUCAUAGAUGUCAUGUAUGACAUGACAACGGAAGUCACAAGGGUUGGCUAAAGCUCAUAAGAUAAUGAUGGGAGUUCUUCUUGGGAGUUGCUCUGCUGAUACACAUGUUCUAUCACUACAUCAACACACAUGUAGCUGAUGCCUCGCCUUGAAUCUUACAAACUUGCUUCCAUAUUUAUUUCAUUAUUUAUUGAGAUAUGAAAUUAGUAAUUAUUGAGACACUGUUGUUUAUUUCAAUGUAUUUAUUUCAAUGUUUUAUUUAUUAUUCGUUUUUACACAUAUUUUAAAAAUGUUUUCUUAAUGUAUGCUGUUACUGUUAUUUUUAACAUUGUCCAAGCACGUACAACUGAAUGUUAGAUACAAUGCAAAGUAAUGUGCAACGUAUGUUGACGACUUGAAUUGCACUCUUUGUGGUCUGUUACAAAAGGGUUUUGUUGUGUACCGUACUACUGUGCCAUUUUAUACAUUUUAGAUACUGACAAUCUAAAGGGAGGCGUUUUAUACAAAUAGUGUUUGCUGGAUGUUGUGAGUUUUGACCGCACUUUCAGCAAAGUUCUAUGGUUUACAUUAAGUAAUGCAAUUUAACUGUUCUAUUCAAUGCAAGGCUUAAUUGGAAAAUGAUUGCAUUUUUCACUCACUGCCAUUUACAUAUAUAUAUUUUAUCCCUUUCAAAUGGACUCUAAAUGCUAGAUAUUUAUUAUAUUAAUUUAGUCUACGUCAAAUGAGAUACAAAUCAACAGUAAGCAUCUUUAAAUAUUCCACAGUAGGUGCAUGUGAUUGGUUCCUGGAAACGUUAUUGUCUUGCAUGAUUUUAUUAUACUGAAUGGGAUUAAGUGUUGUAUUUGAUGCUGGCUUUUAAUUUCUGUAUCUGUCUGUGCACUUGGUGUUUUUAUGACUAUUAAUUUAUUACUUAUGAUUUGUCUGGUUAGCCACUUGCUUUUAUAGAGUAAUAAGGGAACGUAUUUAAUGUGCCUUGCUUUCAGAUCCAGUGCGAAUUGAGAGCAUGAAUCAACAGAGCUGAUUAAACCAUACUCUUCCUGGCUUUUAAGCGUGCUUAAUUUCACAGUAACUAUAAAUAAAGCAAUUAUUUUCUCAUGCACACUGUUAAAGUAAAGAUUUCAUGUGUUUGCCACUAGUACAACAAUUAUGCAUGAGGGCAGUUUCAAAGAGUUACAUCUCUAACUGUCAGUUCUAAUUUAAUCCACUUUGAAAGUUGACUAGAGAGCAUGAAACCAAUUCACUGAGACCAUGGUUGUUGUAGUUGUUCUUUUCAUUUGUAUUAAUAAAGCUCACGUUAUUAGCAAAUUGUUUUUAGAAUACAUUGAUCGGAAAUUUAAGCGUUAAAUGUAGGGAGUUAUAAUACUUAUUUCUGUCGGGCUUAAUCUACAGAUUACUUCUCACCAGCCAUGCGGGUAUUAUGCAAUGCUAACUCCUCAAAAGAACAACAACAGUGAUAUUCUCAAGACAUAGUACGUGGGAGGGCUUAUCCAUUCCUCUACUGCCAACUCCAGCACGAGGGUAUUUGAUGUACGAAUUGGAUUUACUCUUUUAUUUGGAUGGUUGGAUGGCCAAUUGUUGUUCUUAUGCAGUUGGGUGAAGUUUUGUCUUCCUUCUGACAAAAGCAAUGGAAUGUACAUUUAAUUGCUGCAGGAAGUGUUAAUUUGAAUAAAUGAUGCUGGUAAGUUCAUCAGUAUCGAACUCCAACAGUUAUGUCUGUAUUUAAUUUUUUUGUGAACAUUGUUUUUAUCGAGUCACUUAA